UAGUACUAAAAUCCUCAAAGGGUCGAUUUGUCAUAAAGCACCGUGAGGAUAUCCUAGCUGGAUACGCUCUUCAGUUUAGUACUGACUAUAAAGUCAAAGCCUUGUGCUGAGUUUCGUUAUAUACUACAAGAUGCAAUACACCCCAUUUGUUUCAGACAUCGAGCUUCCCUUCUACACAUCCCUUGCAUCCCAGAAGAUCAAUCAUGACAAGCUAGAUGACUCUGCGAGAAGAGUACAAGGGCUCUAUGAGGUCCGCCCAUCAGACGCCCCUGCUGCGUCAUGUCGCAUGCAGAUCUUGGGGAACGCACUCAACAGUGACCACGUCCCACCAGGCUACUACAGAGCUGAGGGAAUAAUCAAGAACUUCAACACGGUAGAAGAAUACAGAAAUGCAGACAAGAUUGGGAUACUUCAACAAGCUGGAAGAGCCAUUUGGGAUGCCAUAGGUGGCUCGAUACUGUCGAAUCCGUCAAUCUUGUCGUCAUUUCUCAUCCUUUCAUUCGCGGAUCUGAAGAAAUACAAGUUUCAGUACUGGUUCGCAUUUCCUGCAAUCACUUCUCAGCCACACUGGGUUCCUGCAAAUGGGAGCAGCUCAAGUGAUAAUGCUAGUGCCCCAUCGAUCCCUGGCUCCAGAAGACUAUCUGAUGCCGAGUGCUCAGUCUUGGUUGAUAGAGUAGAAGCCUGGAAGACCCAGAAUGAUGUACGGCAACAUGGGUUUUUCCUGGCUCGAAAGGAGCACACAAAUGCAACUUCCGGCGGCGUGGCUGCUCCGGAAUGGAGAGUAUCUUCAUUAGCAGGUUAUGAGACUGGCUUCUUUGAUGGAUCAGAACCAGAAGAUCAGUACUUUGCUUUCGCUGAUCCGUCAAACUAUCCUAACGCUCCCGGUUGGAUGCUGCGCAACCUUCUGGCACUUUUACACCGCCGUUGGGGUAUUCAGAAAGCCCAAAUUUUACUCUAUCGAGAUAUUCCAUCUAAGCGGGAACUUGGACGGAGUCUGGCCGUUAUGCUGCAGUUGGAUACCACUCAGGAGUCCAAAGCUGCCAACGACUUAGCAUUUGGUGAAAUGCCUAAGAUUACCGGAUGGGAAAGAAAUAGCUCUGGGAAACUCGCUGGCCGAAUUUCAGACUUAACAGCAUACAUGGACCCUCGCAGAUUGGCCGACCAAGCAGUGGACCUGAAUUUGAAGUUGAUAAAAUGGCGAAUUAGUCCUGGCCUUGAUCUUGAUAAAGUUAAAGCAACAAGCUGUCUUUUACUUGGCGCUGGAACCCUAGGUAGUUAUGUUGCACGCAAUUUGAUGGGCUGGGGUGUACGAAAGAUUACUUUUGUGGACAACGGUUCGGUUUCAUUUUCUAACCCAGUUAGACAACCAUUAUUUGAUUUCAAUGACUGUCUAGGCGGGGGAGCAAAGAAAGCCACACGGGCUGCAGCGGCCUUGAAAGAGAUAUAUCCAGGGGUAGUGUCAGAAGGCCAUGUGUUUUCUGUCUUAAUGCCUGGUCACCCUGUUACCGAUGUUGCUCAGGCUGCCAAUGAAUUUGAGCUCCUUCGUAAGUUGAUCGAGGAACACGAUGCAAUCUUCCUCCUCAUGGAUAGCCGGGAAUCUCGUUGGUUGCCAACUGUCAUCGGCAAGUCAUUAGGAAAGAUCGUCAUGAAUGCCGCCUUGGGCUUUGACACUUUUGUCGCGAUGAGACAUGGAGUGAAACUUCAGUCAGCUAGGGAAGCGGAGCUUGGGUGUUACUUCUGCAAUGAUGUGGUUGCACCAAUGGAUUCCAUGAAAGACCAAACGCUCGAUCAGCAAUGCACAGUCACUAGACCGGGUGUCUCCGCAAUUGCAUCCGCCCUCUUAGUAGAGCUAUUUGUUUCCAUUUUGCAGCAUCCUGACGGAGCUGCUGCUCCUGCUCCAAUCACCCAAAAUGCUGAGCGAGGAGAUCAUCCUCUCGGCCUCGUCCCACACCAAAUUAGAGGAUUUCUCUCUACAUUCUCCAAUAUCCCAGUCACGGGAAGAAGCUAUGACUGCUGUAGCGCAUGUUCGGAUAGAAUCGUGGAUGCAUACAGGAAAGAUGGUUGGGAUUUUGUGCAGAAAGCAAUCAACGACAAAGACUAUGUUGAGGAAUUGAGUGGCCUGAAAGAGGUAGAAUUCGACCCAGUUACUGGUUAUUUUGUACCGAUACUGACUCCGCCGCAGGUACAACGUAAAGCCGAGGAGAAUGUCGCUGGUAUCGAGUGGGAGGAUGACUCUGAGGGACUCAUUGAAGAGUAGAUAAGCACCCGAGUCUAGGGAACUUUUCCUGAACAACAGUAUGAAAAAGUGCCCCAAAUCAUUCAAUAUCGAGGACAUCUGAUCUUGAGGCAUGUGGCUUUCUAGUCAUAGCAACAAAAAAGGCUUCCCGUGACUCCUAUUAUUGAUUGUCAGCAUCAGGAGAAGACGAAGAUCAUCUCUUGCAAUGAUCGAGAGACAAGGUUUAUCAUACACUACGGGACGAUUCCGGCUUCAAUCUAUGUACCUUCUCGAACAACGCCUUGAGUUGUUUUUCGAAGACUUUGUCUUCCGGUCCUUGGUAGAAUUUGCAUACGAAAUGACCACCAGGCUUCAGGACAUUGAAGCUAAACUGCAACGCUGCUCGGCACAGAUCCUGAAAUGAUCAUAUUUAGUCUCAUAUAGCCACAUCUCAAGUAUUGAAUAAUCCAAGACACUUACCAUACUUC